GGUGUUUACCCCCUCUGCUUGAUCUUUGGUCUUGUUUGAGCCCUAAGAUGGAUAGAAGUUGAGGAGUCUCUGCUUCGGCCAGAAGAAGGGAUCAGAAUUCUGAAAUGGAAGUUGGAUCUUCAUUUGUCGAAGCCAGCCUUUCUUCUGAAAAUGUAUCAGUACAAAAUCAUGAAGGAUAUGUAUCGGUUAACAGGCAAUCUGAGGAUCCGUCUGAAAAAGAUGAGAAAUUCCAUUUGAAGAUGUUUCCAAAUGAAGAUGAACAAAUGGAGAAAGCAACAGAAGAGAUACUGAAGGAUUCUGAUAAGGGUCAGAAAUGGGAUAUUGUUGAUUGUGAACAUUUGAGCGGUGAUUGCAGGCAGUCACCUGAAGAUGUUUCUGAUAGUCAGUUCUCUAUGCAUCUUCUGCUUGAUCCUUGUACCACAGAAAUUUUACCACCAGGACCGUAUUCCCCUACUGUACCCUCAGAAGAAGACAGUGUAUUAUUUAACAAACUGAUGUAUCUUGGAUAUAUGAAAGUGGCUGCUCCUCGCAGUGAGCUGGAGGCAUUGCAUGCCAUGGCAGCUUUGAAAAACUCAAGUCAUUCACCUUCCCCUGUAACUUUAUAUGUUCCAAAUAUUCCUGAUGGCUCUGUUAGGAUAAUAGAUCAGUCCAGUAGUACAGAAAUUGCUUCUUUCCCAAUCUACAAAGUAUUGUUCUGUGUCCGUGGGCAAAAUGAGACUCCGGAAUGUGACUGCUUUGCAUUUACUGAAAGCUCCUCUGGCACUGAAGAGUUUCAGAUUCAUGUCUUCUCCUGUGAAAUUAAGGAGGCAGUCAGCAGAAUUUUGUAUAGCUUCUCAACAGCAUUCAAACGGUCUUCCAAACAAGCAUCAGAUCAUGUAAAGGAUACUAUUUUCCCAACUCCGGACAAUGAUGUAUUCAUUUUCAAUGUUUCUUUGGAAGUCAGAGAAGAUGAUGGUAAAGGAAACUUCAGCCCAGUGCCAAAGGAUAGAGAGAAAUUGUUCUUCAAACUAAAGCAGGGAGUUGAGAAGAAAGUUGUGAUCACUGUGCAGCAGAUGUCCAACAAAGAAUUAGCCAUUGAAAGAUGCUUUGGGAUGCUGUUAAGUCCAGGCCGAAAUGUCAAAAACAGCGAUAUGCACUUGCUUGAUAUGGAAUGCAUGGGGAAAAGCAACGAUGGAAAAGCAUAUGUUAUCACUGGAAUGUGGAAUCCUAAUGUGCCUACCUUUCUAGUCCUGAAUGAAGAAACACCUAAGGAUAAACAUGUGUACAUGACUGUGGCAGUAGAUAUGGUGGUCACAGAGGUGAUAGAGCCUGUUCGCUUUUUGCUGGAAACGCUUGUACAUGUGUAUCCUGCCAACCAACGCUUCUGGUAUUUCAGCAGAAAAACCUACACAGAAACCUUCUACAUGAGAUUGAAACAGUGCGAAGGGAAGAGUCAUGCAAAUGCAGGAGAUGCAAUUUAUGAAGUUAUGAGUCUGCACCGGGAGUCCGAACGGGAUGAAGAAUUAGUCAGCUCGUCAAGUGGCGGUGAUCAGAUAUCUCCACAAGAGGAUGAUGUUGAAGAUGAGAGUGAUAACGAACUUUCAAGUGGUACUGGUGAUGUAUCAAAAGAUUGCCCUGAGAAGAUAUUGUAUUCCUGGGGAGAGUUACUGGGAAGAUGGCACAGUAAUCUUGGUGUGCGACCAAAAGGACUGUCUUCAUUAGUGAAGAGUGGUGUUCCAGAGGCACUAAGAGCGGAGGUAUGGCAACUGCUGGCUGGAUGUCAUGAUAACCAGACAAUGCUGGAAAAAUACAGAAUUCUCAUCACAAAGGAAUCUCCCCAGGAAAGUGUCAUUACUCGAGACAUUCAUCGUACAUUUCCAGCACAUGACUAUUUUAAAGAUACAGGAGGAGAUGGGCAGGAAUCUCUUUACAAGAUCUGUAAGGCAUAUUCAGUAUAUGAUGAAGAAAUCGGUUACUGUCAGGGUCAUUCCUUUCUCGUUGCUGUUCUUCUGCUUCAUAUGCCCGAAGAGCAAGCCUUUUGUGUAUUGGUGAAGAUCAUGUAUGACUAUGGCCUACGGGAUCUAUACAAAAACAACUUAGAAGAUCUUCGCAGCAAAUUUUAUCAGCUGGAGAGGCUUAUACAGGAGCAGCUGCCUGAUCUGUAUAGCCAUUUCUUGGAGCUGAACUUGGAAGCUCAUAUGUAUGCAUCCCAGUGGUUUCUCACUCUUUUCACUGCCAAGUUCCCCCUCUGCAUGGUCUUCCACAUAAUUGAUUUACUCCUCUGUGAGGGUCUGAAUGUAAUUUUUAAUGUAGCACUGGCUCUCCUAAAGACUUCCAAGGAGGACCUCCUUCAAGCUGAUUUUGAAGGGGCUUUGAAGUUCUUUAGGGUACAGCUGCCCAAAAGGUAUCGAGCUGAAGAGAAUGCUAGACGGCUUAUGGAACAGGCCUGCAACGUAAAGGUGCCCACAAAGAAACUGAAGAAAUAUGAGAGAGAGUAUCAGAUGAUGCGAGAGAACCAGCUGCAACAGGAGGACCCUCUGGACAGAUACAAGAAGGAGAACCGCAGGCUUCAGGAAGCCAGCAUGAGGCUUGAGCAAGAGAAUGAUGACCUUGCGCAUGAACUUGUAACAAGCAAAAUCGCUCUACGAAAUGACUUGGACCAGGCUGAAGACAAGGCGGAUGUUCUGAACAAGGAAUUGCUACUUACAAAGCAGAAACUAGUGGAGACUGAAGAGGAGAAACGGAAACAGGAAGAAGAAACAGCCCAGCUGAAAGAAAUCUUCAGAAAACAGCUGGAGAAGGCAGAAUCUGAAAUAAAGAAGACUGCUGCCAUUAUUGCAGAAUAUAAACAAAUUUGUUCCCAGCUGAGUAGCAGGCUGGAGAAACAGCAGACUGCCAGUAAAGAGGAACUGGAGGUUGUGAAGGGCAAGGUGAUGGCAUGCAAACACUGCAGUGAAAUCUUCAGUAAAGAAGGGACUCUGAAAGCACCUGUUGUACCUAGAGAAAGCCAAGGGAUGGAAACAGAUGAUGAAAAGGAUGCCCUUAAGAAACAGCUGAGAGAGAUGGAACUGGACCUGGCACAGACCAAACUACAACUUGUGGAGGCCAAAUGCAAAAUACAGGAACUGGAGCACCAGAGAGGAGCUCUUAUGAGUGAAAUCCAAGCAGCCAAAAACUCUUGGUUUAGCAAAACCCUGAACUCUAUCAAAACUGCAACUGGCACACAGCCACCCUCACCCCCGCAGCAGCAGCAGCAGCCACCACCACCUCUGAUGCCAUCCUUGCCCAAAGAGGGGAGCACAUAGUUGGAGCCAGAUUCCAAGCACAAGAGCACAAUGAACAAAGCAGCUGCAGCGCCUUCAAGGUUUCCUCCCAAGGCACCUUGGGGGUGGGGGGAGAAGGGGGGGGGGUGAGGCAGAGAGCCACCCUUGAAACAUAUUCCUUCGGUGUCUUUCAUUUGUUCCAAUGUGGCCCUUUCUCAAGGGAAGUUAUUUAAAGAAUCCUGUUCUUAAGUGGAAUAUUUCUUUCCUAGUUGCCUUGCCCAAAACAACAUUCCCCAAUAUCUUCAUAAUUGACACGUUAUUUUGUACGCUUAGGUGUUAAAAGAUGAAUAAUUCAAAACUAAGUGUUUAGUAUGUUGCUAAAAAUUAUUCAGAAUUAUUUUCUACCUUGUAUAGAGGGGAUUUUGUUUUUUCCGUUAGAGGAAAAGAGAAGGGUGGGAGGGCAGGGUGACAUAACAAAGGAAAAAAGCACACCAUCAUGACACCAGACAGAGGACUGAUGUCUCAGAUCUGUCUCAGAGGUUUACAUCUGUUAUUAAAUUCUGCAGCCAUGCGCCUACUCUUUUAAGACUUGGGUCUCAAGCCAUGUCUGCAAGUGGAACAACAGUAAUAUUUUUUAAAGAGUCUUGUGAAGCUACUAAAUGAGGUCAUAAAAUUGUCUCCUUCAACGCUGCCUUUACUUUAAGAAUUCUGUAAGUUAUUUCAUAACGUUAUAACUAAAGGAGAAGAUUUUCUGCAUUCUCUUUUGCCAAGAAGCAGACGUGGGGCACAGUUCUCUAGGAAGUUCCUCCCAUACCUUUACAAUGAACUGGGGGUUUGUAGAGAACUUCCUGGUGUAUCAUUGCACUCCUUGUGCUCUUGCACAACUCCCAGUAAUUUCCACGGGACGGGCAAGAAACAGGAGACAUUCCUGAUAAAAUGUGUCCAAAACAUUUACAUGAACGAUGAUCCACAGUCUUGACCGGUUGGGCAAACUUUUCAGAUGAUUCCUGUACCUGUCUGGAAACCAUAAUUGUUUUAUAUCUUUCUAAAGUGCAAACAAGGCAUUUGUUACAUUUUUGAAUUUGAACAUAAAAUGUUUAUAGAAAUGCUUAUUUCAUGGAGAAUUAAACUAUUGCUUAAAUUGAUGGAAAUAUUUUUUUUAUUAUAUUUAACAUGUAUAAUGAUGUCUCAUAAGUCAGCAUCACUACUGGACAAGAAGUUAGUUGUGUAUUUGGUUUUCAUGUUAAGAAAGUUGUUCUAGGGACUUCGUCCUGUUCUGAUUUUAAUCCAGAUUAAUGCAAUAGCCUCUUGGUUGUUCUGUAUAAUAAAGUUUAAAGAUGCUCA